AAAAAACAUCCGGCUCCAAUUCAUCAACCGUGUCCAAAAAACCUGCCGAGCACUUCAUCACGGUAUCGCGACGAUUCUGGCACAUCCAUACUCUGUCAUAAGGUUAUCCGGUUUCAAUGAUCGCUUCCUCAAUGUGCCAUGGCGUUGCUUAACCAAUUGACAGCUUUUCUGUCGUUCCUUCUCGUCAUCGCCUUUGGCCAUGGCCUUGUUGGCAUCGCUUACGCCCAGGAUGAAUCCGUUAUGAACGCCGAAAUAAGCCGUAUGAACAACCAGAGUUUGCUCUGGGGUCCAUACCGGCCCAACUUGUAUUUCGGAGUCCGGCCUCGGAUUCCUGAGAGUCUGAUGGCCAGCUUGAUGUGGGCCAAGGUGGACAAUUAUGUCGAUGUCCAGAAUAACUUCCGAUACACCUGCGAGCAGAACGAGGGCAUGGCCGGCUACGGCUGGGACGAGUACGAUACCCGACACGGUGGCGUCCAAACUAUACACGAUGCCGGCAAUCAUCUUGACAUCACCACCGAGUUUGUCAAGAUCCCUGGUGGUGGCCAUGGUGGCAGCUGGGCUGUGCGCGUCAAGGGUGAGCCUCGCGAAGAUGCGCCUUCGACUCUAAGGACCACGGUCAUCUUCCAUGCCACAACCGAACCCUGGGGCGACGUUCUCGAUGUUGCCAAGGACGGAGACGAUAAUGGGUUCUCAGGCGAUGUCACCCUAAAGGGAAAGUCCGAUGCCCUAGGAGAGUACAAGAUUGUCGUGACCAAGGGCAAGGGCGAUCAUCCGUCCAGUAACCAUCCCGUCUCGACCGAAAGAGAUCUGGACAAGACUGUCGUCCAAUCAUUGGUGGUCCCCGAGGAGUACUUGUGGCAAUCGAAGCAAAUUCUCUUUAAGCAGCUCAAGACUGGCGUAGACGAGAUAAUCGAGGCAUAUGGUCCCGAAAAUGCACCACCUCCGUGGCAGGUGUAUCAACUAGCCAACAAGCCUGACACCGGCAAUGUGCACUUCGUCCAGAAGAUGUUUGAGGGUGGCUUCGAGUUCGACGUCUUAUUCAGCAGUGGCUCUGCGGCAAAAGAUGUCACAAGCGAGGACUUGACGCGCGAGAUCCAAUCCACGACCGAGUCGUUCAUCGAUCGCUUCUCUUCCAUCUUUGCGCCCCAAGCUCCGUUCAAUGCCGAGAAGUACCGUAAAUUUGGCCACAGCAUGCUUUCGAAUCUUGCUGGAGGUAUUGGGUACUUUUACGGAAACCAGAUUGUUGACCGGUCUAAUGCCCCGGAAUACGACGAGGAGAACGAGGGCUUCUGGGAGGAGACAGCUGAAGCACGAAGCCGGCACGCGGAGCAGCCAGAGGGCCCGUAUGAGCUCUUCUCCAGCAUUCCCUCUCGCCCAUUCUUCCCUCGAGGUUUCCUCUGGGAUGAAGGAUUUCAUCUUGUCCCCAUUGCCGACUGGGACAUGGACCUCACUCUUGAAAUUGUGAAGAGCUGGUACAAUCUGAUGGAUGCAGACGGCUGGAUUGGCCGAGAGCAGAUUUUAGGACCAGAGGCUCGAAGCAAGGUUCCGUCCGAGUUCCAAGUGCAGUACCCGCACUAUGCCAACCCACCCACUUUGUUCCUGAUCGUCGACGACUUUUUGCAGAAGUUGCAAAAGACCAACGGCAGCCAGGCAGCUGGCAAAGAGACUCUUACGCAGCAGGACAUGAUGCUCGGGAGCGCCGUCCUCACUAACCCGUCCAUUGGCCAGGACUAUCUGCGAAAUCUGUACCCGCUUCUACGCCGCCAGUUCUACUGGUUCAAGAAGACGCAGUAUGGUGAUAUCAAGUCGUACGACCGUGAUGCCUAUUCUAGCAGAGAGGCUUACAGAUGGCGCGGCAGAACCGUCCAGCAUGUUCUCACUAGUGGUCUCGAUGACUACCCCCGCCCCCAACCUCCACACCCGGGUGAGCUCCACGUUGACCUCUUGUCAUGGAUGGGUAUGAUGUCCAAAACUUUGAUCAACAUUGCUGAAGCCAUUGGCGAGGACGAAGAUGUCAGACAAUACAAGAAGAUUCUUGAUGCUAUUGAGCACAACCUGGUAGACCUUCACUGGUCUGAGGAGGAAGGCUGCUUCUGCGACGCCACUAUUGAUGCAUUCGAGGAGAACAAGCUCGUUUGCCACAAGGGCUACAUAUCCCUUUUCCCCUUCCUCACUGGUCUUCUGAAGCCCAAUGACCCCCAUCUUGGCAAGACGCUCGACCUCAUCGGAGAUGAGAAGGAACUCUUCAGCCCGUACGGUCUUCGAAGUCUGAGCAGGAAGGACGAGUACUAUGCUACUGAGGAGAAUUACUGGCGCAGCCCCAUCUGGGUCAACAUAAACUACAUGGCCAUUCUCCAACUUUAUAAUCUCGCACGGCAAGAAGGUCCUUACAAGCCACAAGCGAUUGACUUGUAUUCCCGUCUGCGCGUCAAUCUUGUCGAAACAAUCUACAAAAGCUGGGAGGAAACUGGGUUUGCAUGGGAGCAGUACAACCCGGAGACCGGCCGGGGUCAACGUACUCAGCACUUUACAGGCUGGACCAGUCUCGUCGUCAAGAUCAUGGCCAUGCCAGACCUCAGUGGUGCCGGUGUUGCGUACGUCCGUGAACGCGACGAGCUUUGAUUAUCAUCACCAUCGAUGAUGAGCAUCUACAGACAGUACCUAAGGGGUGUAAAGAGUGAUAUCCUGGCUGAAAAUCGCGCCAGAUGCGGAGGGGAAUUGUACAUAGAGCGCAAGCUUUUUGCCGUAUAUACCUGCCGGAUAAUGAGAAAUGAUUCAGGAAGAGACGUGCGUUCUCAACAAGAAUGGAGU